UCAACUCCUUAAGGACCCUCGAGUCUUGUUUGCUGGCUACAAGACUCCUCAUCCAUUAGAACAUCGGAUUUUAAUUCGCGUCCAGACUACGCCGCAUGUUACGCCUAUGGAUGUUUUUAUUUCUGCACUCAAAGAUCUUAUUAGCGAGAUAUCAAAUAUAGAGGAGCAAUUUAGAAAUGCCAUAAAAUGA